AUGGAAAGCGUCGGAAUCGAAUGCGCAGCGUGGCCUCACCUCUACUGGAAAAUCAGCAUGUGCGAGACUUACAGUGGAUCACAAGACAAGCGGCAGCUAUACAGGGCAGACAAGCCAGACGAGGAUGAAAGCCGUGGCAAGGACGACGAGACUCCUGUCUGUGUGGAGCGCCGACAGAGUGCAAAAGCAUCGUUCUUUGCUAAGCUCUUGUCACGCGUCAUUGGGUAUGGCACGGAGUACAAGCUGGUCCAGUUCAUGUACGACUUAUGGAUGUAUAGCCACAGGGACCUCCGUAUACGCGGUAUUGCGGAACCUCCAUACGUGUGA